AUGUACGACUUGAAGGACAAAGUAGUUGUUGUGACAGGAGCGUCUAAUGGCAUCGGAGCUAAUUUUGUUAGAGAAAUUCUCGAGGAAGGUGUCAAGCAUGUAAGACUACUAGAUAUAGACAAGAAGACUGGCAAUGCUCUACAAGAUGAAUUAAGACAAAAAUAUGGAAAGAAUAAAGUAAAAUUUGUCAAAUGUGACGUCACAAACGAUGAGCAGUUUUUCAAAGCUUUAGAAGAUGCUAAAAAGGAUAAUGGUUACUUAGACCUUCUAGUCAAUAACGCUGGAGUGGCUGAUGAAGGUAAUUUAGCGAAGAUACGGACACUGAUUGAAAUUAAUAUUACAGCAUUAAUAAACGGGACUCUCAAAGCUAUUGAGCUGAUGCGUAAAGAUAAGGGAGGAAGAGGAGGUGCUAUCAUCAAUGUGUCCUCAAUCGGUGGACUGGUUCAGGUCUCGCCUAUGUUUACCUACUCGACGUCAAAGCGCGCUGUCUUGCAGUUUACAACUUGUGUUGGACGGUUCCCCUGUGAGAAUACUGAUGUUAGAGUCAUGGCUGCGUGUAUUGGUGUCACAGAAACAGCUAUAUUACAAAAACUCACAUGCUUCACUGAGGAAAUGGAUGUGGAAGCGGAAAAAGUACUGUCAGGAUAUCCAAUGCAAAGUGCUAAAUCAGUUGCCCGUGGUAUGGUGGAAAUGUACCAGAAGGGAGGACCAGCCUCCAUUUGGCUGGUGCGAGCAGACCGACCAGCCCAGGAGAUUACUGCAGAGCUGAACAAGGCUGACGAGGAAAUGGAAGCGAUCAUUAGAAAAAUCGAUUAG